UGACAUAGAAUCAGAGCAAGACCCCCUUUAUUGUUCUAAAUGUCAAGUACAGAGGGGCCUGUAAUGCCCGAUCACCAUACUGUGGCCCAUGAAGGCCAAUAUGACAAGGCCAGCCUAAUACAGGAUAUCAAUCUGGGUUGGCGUGCUCGGAAUGCCCAUCUCAGGCUUCGCGCGAACCAUGAGUCCUUCAAUGGGAACGGAUGACUCGCUGACAUUGGUUGGUUUCUUCUUUACAGGGCCUAGGGUAUGUAUUUACAGCGCCAUACCAACGAUUGAGAUUGCCACAGCCGAGUACGCCCCGAACGGCGCCAGUUCCACACAUGGAAAAUCUGGAGCGAUCGAGGCAUUGAAAGGUAGAAUAAACUUGCGUGCCAGGCCUCAGUGCAAGUCUGACUGCUGGCGUUCGUCUUGUCUUUCCGGCCUGAUUUCCAUGAAUAAUUAGCCCUCAUGGCAAAGGCCCGUGAUCUUUGGCUUCGAGGGCGGCUGUUGUAGCGU